AUGAAUAGAAAGAAUAGUCUCGGCGAGUUUUAUCUUGACGAUCUGUCAGAUUGUGUUGACUGCCGUUUAGCAAGUAAGACUGAUGACGAAAGUGAUAGCAGUAGUAUAACCAUUCGAAAGCGACGUCCUGUACCGCUAAUAUACAGCGAUUCAGAAGACGAGGAUAUGAAUAAUAAUAUUGAAGACUACAAUGAUACAUGGUCAACGAACGACAAGAGUAUAAUUUUGGAACCUUUCGAAGGCAGCCCUGGCGUGAAAAUUGUGCCAAGGUCCUCCAAAAGUGUAAUGGAUAUUGUGAAUUUAUUCAUUGGAAGUGAUCUGAUUGAGCACUUCGUGAGGGAGUCUAAUAGAUAUCAUUAUCAAAUUGUGGAAAAAUAUAGAAUUGUAUCAAAAACGAAAAAAUGGAAAGACGUCACGGUGACUGAAAUGAAGAAAUUUUUGGGCCUGAUAAUUCUCAUGGGACAAGCUGGUGAAGGUCCAGCCUGUCACUGA